AUGAGCGACACGGAAUCUAUUCAGUUUAACGAGGUCACAGACAACGAAGAACCAAACGUUUCUGUCGGCUCAAGGGCUAUGCCACAGGGAGUUGAUAAGACUGGUUCUGCUCAGCAGUUUAACAGACCACCACUCCAUGGCGUACUGUCGCCAACAGCACGAAAAGGUCAGAUGUACUCAUCGUCGGCCUCAACGCCGAAAUUUGUGGUGCUGAACGAUGAGGGCGUAGGGGACUCAGACCACACAGAGUCCCUUCAGUUCAAAGAGCUAACAGACGUUGAUUCCCCAAGCACCAGGGGAGAGGCGAAGGCCCUCUCUAGGAGCAUAAGUAACCGCCCUGUUACUCAGGAGUCCAAACGUCCUCCGCUUCACAGUGCAGUUCCACAGGCCUCCCGCAGGAGCCAUGGGCAGUCCUCUGAGGGGACAAGUUUACAUUUCGUUGUCCAUGGUGACGCGGAAGGUGACGACGACUUUGAUGACAGCGAUUCUAUACAGUUUCAUACAGAAGGAGCUUCACGUAACGUAUCUUUUAAAGUGCAGUCCACCACUUCGAUGGCAGAAACCAAACGGGGUGCAUCUGCAGUAAGGGGACAACAGUUGGUGAAUAUGGAGACAGCAGAUGACUCCCUUGUUUUCUUCGUGGAGGACACGCAAUCGUCCAUUGGCAAGAAGAUUAACUCCCAGCGGGAAAACUCGCACGAUGACACCAUUAGCUUUGUGGUUGAAGAUCCAGUAACCGGUGGUGGGGAGGGCACGAGCAGUGCCGAGAAGAGCAUAAGCUUUGUUAUUGCUAGUGCCGAUGAAGCGUCAGAGAAGUCACCUCCAGUGCCGCUGGCCGCUGGUGGAAAACGGAUCUCCACCUCGCCAUCACCGAAGUCCCCUUCAGAGAAAGUGUCGAAGCGUGCCGCCGGGUCUGGGAAUGCACAAAGAAAAUCUAAAAGGACUAGUGUCUCCAAAAAGGCACAAGGCCCAAAGGAAGUAGGGACGGGGUCUGCACGGGCGAACAGUAGAGGCAGUACGCCCCAACACGUCUCUAACGGCGGAGCGGGAGAGGGCGCAACCUUCAACGUGUACAAGGUGGGUGGUAAGCACACUCUAAAUAAGGCUGGAGCUACUGCUCUGCGCCCCGCGGCCGAAGGAGGAUUGGCCCCGCGUACCACAAAUUUGGCCGGGGGGCGGGUCCUGAAUGAAAGGCAAGCCGCGGAAGAUAAUGAGACAAUAGCUAGUUUGGUGCCCAACGCCGCUACACUCCUGCCGCUCCCAUUCCCACAAACGCCGGGACGCAAAGUUUCCUUGAAGGCCCCCGAUGUGGAAGAAAUGGUUCUUCAAGCUAAGGUGCACACGGAGUACUGGCGAAUGUUUAACGACGUCCAGCGGGAAGAAGUGGUGCAACUGACGGAGCGGAUUGUGCGCACACGUGAGGGAGGUACGAACGUUUGGGAGGGAAAGGCUGAAAAAGAGAGGCCGAGUCAAACGAGCAGGCCCCUCUGCUUUUCUGAUCUCUUCAAGAAGACUCGGAAAGAUAGCAACAGGUCGGGGAAUAGGGGAAGAACAAAUGCUGGAGGGGCCCACACGUCGCCGGGUGCAAUGUCGACGGGUUGUGGUCGCUUAACCGAUGAAAAUAAGCCAUCUGCUAACCAUUUGGGGGGCUGCUAUGAAACCGGUAUCGGAACCUUGCGUAUUCCCAGUCCGAACAAACGUCGGUGGCCUCUUACACGCAAGGCGAGGCGGCCGCGACCACCCAAAACGGAAAAAACAGGCAAUUCACGCUUCGAGAAUAUCAGUAAGGAGGUGCGAGAUGACGCAUUGGCAAAGUUUGCCGAGUUGUCCGGCGUCGCUUGGCCUCCGUCGUCGAGAGAUGAGUUGUUCUUCCUUACCGGCGUACGCCUCACGCCAAAGCAGCGCGAACAGUUCUAUGAGUCGAUGCAGCUUUACACUGUAGCAUCGUGGAAGGUAAACAUGAAUGUGUACGCGGCGUGCGAGCAGGAAACAGCCCCUUCCAACGCCCGUGAGGUGAAGCGGAAAGUGAGGGUGACACGCACAACACUCUUGCGGAAGGCUUUCGCGGUAAUGGAUAUCGAAAAAACCGGUGUCAUCAGCGUCGCGCUACUUCCCUCGGUGCGACAGCUUCUUGAGGAGGAACGGCGAAAUCUUCAAGACGCACUGAGUGGCCGUAAAACGCAGGAGGCUUUCCUCACUCGCUCACGAAAUGAGAAGGCCAAACUCAGCGGCAGAGUAAACACAACAGUUUCCCAAAAGAAGACGGAAGGUGAUGACGAUGUGAAAGCCGUUAGUGCACUGCGUAUUUAUAGACUUGUACUGGACGUACUCCUCCCGCUCCUCGGUGCCUCAGGCUUGCUGACAUUCGACUUCACAACGGUGGGGUUACUUGUGUUUGGCACGUUGGGCCUAUCCACAGCGGGUGCCAGUCCGAGUUUUCUGAAAUGGCGGGAGGCCACCCUCCGCUGUUUUGAUUCUCUACUGAAACACCCCGUGUAG